CAACACCAAGCCAAGAUGUCCGACAAAAAGAUGACAUCGAGUCGCAAGAAUCAUCUGAAGAGCGUAAUGCUUCAGAUUGCUUCAACACGACUUGAAGAAGAGGUAGCUGAGAUUGCAAAGGCAAAGGAGGCCUACCUGGAGGAGAAUUGCCCUUCCCUUAGUCUACCUGGCAGUGUUGAGGAACUUCAGAAACUGAUCAAAGAUAUCCACGGCAAGAUUGACAAAGUGGAUGAGGAGAGAUACGACGCAGAUGCCAAAGUGACAAAGGGACAAAAGGAGAUAGACGACCUCAAGAUCAAGGUAACAGAGAUAAAGGGCAUGAAGAAGCCAGCUCUGAAGAAAGUACGUUUGUCUGCCGAUCAGAUGCUUCAGGCUCUGCUGGGCUCCAAGCACAAGGUUACCAUGGACUUGAGGUCCAACCUGAAGCAGGUGAAGAAGGAGGUCAAGCAGGAGAGUGCAGAGGUUGGUGAUUGGCGCCAGAACGUUGAGGACAAGAAGGACAGAAAGAAGAUGUUUGAGGGCGCUGAGGCGUAAAUUUAAGAGGCACCAGGAGUAGCCUCAAAACAUUGUAACCAUGGACAAUGUGGAUGGAA